AUAGGCGCGCCGGAGCGCUUGCACAGCGGGGCCGGGGGCGGAAGUGCUAUCCGCGGAAGUGAUAAUUGCGCGAGUCGUGGGUGGGAUGACCGCGGGUCAGCUCCUUCGAAGGCUGUUGCGAACACCUUCCAGUUCCAUGGCUCAGAGCCGAAUCGGUGGCGUGUCCCCCUCCAGGGGCAUGCACGCGAAGCGCGGGCCUCGAAAGCUCUCCAUCGAAGGAAAUAUUGCUGUGGGAAAGUCCACCUUUGUGAAGUUACUCACGGAAACUUACCCAGAGUGGCACAUAGCUACAGAACCUGUAGCAACAUGGCAGAAUGUCCAGGCCGCUGGCACCCAAAAAGCCUACACUGCUCAAAAUCUUGGAAACUUGCUGGAUAUGAUGUACCAGGAACCAGCACGAUGGUCCUACACAUUCCAGACAUGUUCUUUUAUGAGCCGCCUAAAAGUACAGCUGGAGCCCUUUCCUGAGAAACAAUUACAGUCCAAGAAGGCGGUACAGAUCUUUGAGAGGUCCGUGUACAGUGACAGGUAUAUCUUUGCAAAGAAUCUUUUUGAAAAUGGUUCCCUCAGUGACAUCGAAUGGCAUAUCUAUCAGGACUGGCAUUCUUUUCUCCUGCAGGAGUUUGCCAGCCGGGUCAAAUUACAUGGCUUCAUCUACCUCCAGGCUACUCCCCAGGUUUGCUGGAAGAGACUACACCACAGGGCCAGGGAAGAGGAGAAAGGAAUUGAGCUGGCGUAUCUCGAGCAGCUUCACAGUCAACACGAAGCCUGGCUUGUUCACAAGACAACCAGGCUCCACUUUGAGGCUCUGCUGAACAUUCCAGUGCUGGUAUUGGAUGUCAAUGAUGAUUUUUCUGAAGAAGAAACCAAACAAGAAGAACUCUUGAAAAAGGUAAACACCUUUGUAAAUAAUCUGUAACCAGUCCCGGGAUGUUCUGGUUCUCUGAGUUUCUAAAGCUGGAAAAAAAUCCCAAGUCAUGCACCUUUCCAUCGCCUUUUGCCCCUAGAGUGCUCUGACACUCAGGUGCAUGGUUUGGGUUAGCCUUCGACUCUGCAGUUACUGUCUUUUAUGUCUCAAAGGCUUCUAAAAUAAAGUGGAAGUUUUGCUUAUUCUGUUAAUCCAGUUGUUGGUUUAUCCCUGUGCAUAUUUCUUGGUGCCCGCUCUGAAUCUCCCUCUAGAUGAGCCAUUUUCACCUGAGAACAGCCAUAGCUUUUCUCUUGAAUCCUUCACCACCUAGACUUCCCUGUGUGCUCACUUGUUCCCUCUGAUGCGCCUGGGCUGGGAUUGUUCCCAGAACUCCCAUCCAAGCCCUGCCCUGGGCACGAAGGAGGGAAGUACAGAGGUUCGGGAGAGUGUGGACACUCAGUGCAGGCCCCCAGCACUAGGGAAUGGAACCCGAACUCCAGGAUGCUCCUGUCUCUUCCCAUCCAGCACUUUUGCUUGGGGGUGUGGGGUGCUCUGACCUUUGGGCUAGAGCUGAAGAACCUGGGCCAAAGGAAGAUGGAGGGAGGGAGAAAACAAAUCAUGAGCCCAAAAGUCCCAGCAUCUUGCAUUUAGGAUUCAGUCAUCCUGGCACUCUGGCCUGCCCUAAAUAUACCCAGUGAGUUUCAGGUGAUCUUAAUGGAGUGACUGUGCUGGAAAAAGAAUUUUUUGUGCUGCACUUCAAGCUCCAAGGACAAUUUAUUGUCAAGAGAAAAAUGCAUGGCUCCGUAGAAUCGAAAUGCUCCAUUGCAAGAAGCCUGCAGCUCCAUGAAUCCCUGCACUGAGCCCUUAACAGUCGUGCAGGCACACAGGAAAACGAAUAAGCUCAGAAGUCAGCGUCCCAGGAGACAGAAACCUGUGUUUCUCUUUAUGCUUGGGGAAACGAGCAUGAGAUUGGCUUCUGACAAAUGUGUGCUGUCGUGAAAUGGAAGCACAGCAUUUCUUUAUCAUACUUAAAUUUUUAACACUUUUAUUGAGAUACAAUUCACGUACCGUACAAUUCACCUAAUUAAAGUGCACAAUUCAGUGGUUUUUAGUAUGGUCGAUAGGGUUGAGCAACCAUCAUCAUAGUCAAUUCCAGAAUGUCUUCAGCACCCCGAGAAAAAUUGCCAACCAACUAGCAGUCACUCCCUGUUCCCCAUCGCCCUUACUUCUUCCACCCCAGUGCAGCUCUAGGAAGUCACUUUCUGUCUCUAGAUAUGACUCUUCUGGAGAUUUCAUGUAAGUGGAAUCACAUAAUAUGUAGCCUCUUGUGACUGGUUUCUUUCAAGGUUCUCCACGUUCAGCCAUGUUGUAACAUGCAUCAGUACAUCGUUCUUUUUUGUGACGAAAUAUUUCAUUGUAUGGAUAUACUACAUUUUGUUUAUCCAUUCAUCUAUUGAUAGACAUGUGGAUUCCAUUUUGGGGCUGUUACGAAUAAUGCUAUGAAAAUUCAUAUACAGAUUUUUAGAUUUUAAAUUUUCUUGGAUAUACAUCUAGGAGUGGAAUUACCAGGUCAAAUGGUAACUCUGGAGGAACUGUUAAACUCUUCCAAAGUGGCUGCACCAUUUUACAUUCUCUGCAGUGAUAAAUUAGGGCCCCAGUCUUUCCCGGUCCUUGCCAAAACUUGCUGUCAUUUCGAUUAUAGCCGUCCUAGUAUCCUAUCCUGGUUUUGAUUUACAUUCCCUGAUGGCUAAUGAUGUUGAGCGUCUUUUCAUGUUACUAUUUGUUAUUUGUAUUUCUUCCUUGGAAAAAUACCCAAAUCCUUUGUGCUUUCUUCAGUUAUUUGGCUUUUUAUUAUUGAGUUGUAAGAGACUUUGGAUAUUCUGGGUACAAGUUUUUACCAGAGACAUGAUUUAUAAAUAUUUUCUACCAUUCCCUCGGGUGUAUUUUGAUAGUGUGCUUUGAAGCACAAAAGUUUUGAAUUUCGACCAAGUCUAGUUUGCCACUUGGGCUUUUGGUGUCACGUCUAAGAAAGUUUUGAACAACCCAAGGUGACAAACAUUUGCUCCUAAGGUUUCUUCCAGGAGUUGUAUAGUUUUGGCUCUUCCAUUAGGUCUGUGGUUCAUUUUGAGUUAAUUUGUGUGUGUGGUGUAAGGAUUGACUUCGUUCUUUUGUAUGCGCAUAUCCAAUUGUCCCACCAUUUGUUGAAAAGAUGAUUCUCUUUUCCCACUGAAUUCUCUUGUUAGUGUUGUCGACCCACUUGUUCUUGUGUUUGUUUGCCGCUUCAGGCUUUGGACAAGACCAGGGAUGAACAUUGAAUGGUAGGUACGUUUUAGAAACUCAGUGCUUUUGGUUCUUUAGCUUUGAGGGGCCCGAAUGUUUAAUUCCCAUUUACAUUUUCAGGAACCACUAAUGUAAAGCCAGAAUAAGAGCACUGGGACCCCACCCUUCAUUCGUUUAAUCAGUCAUCAAAUAUUUGUGAGUAUCUCCUGUAUGCUAGAGACCAAGGAGAUAACAGCACAGCGGAGGCAGGCUGCCCUUACCUUGCAGAAUUCGCCAUCGGAUGGUGAGGGUGAAAGAGCAGACAAGUAAUUGCUUAUGUGGUGAGCGGUUCAAAAGGAAACAUACGGGUGUUCUGUGGGGGCCCAUGACAGAAGGAGCCAACAUAAGCUGGGACAGCCCCCCCCUAAGAAAGUGGCAACUGUUCCGAAUUUUGAAGAAUUAAUGGGGCAGGGUAUUCAGGCAGAGAAAAAGUCACGUGCCAAUGUCUUUGUGUGAGAAUGAGGCAUUAGGCCCAGCUUCUCAAAACCACAUAAGGCUAGUGGGUUUAGAAUUUAGGAAUACACUCCUAUCCUUCACCUUCUUCACUUAGAAAAAGCCUGAAAAUCUAGAAAUUCAGCACUUCUUUCCCUGCAUAAACUUUGCCCUUCAGAAUGUGAAUGUUCCGGGGGUGCCUGGGUGACUCAGUUAAGUGUCCCGACUCGAUUCUGGCUCUGGUCAUAUUAACACGGUUCAUGGGAUCAAGCCCUGCAUUGGGCUCUGUGUGCUGACAGCACGGAGCCUGCUUGGGAUUGUCUCUCUCCCUCCCUGUCUGCCCCUCCCCCCUUUCAAAAUAAAUAAAGAAACUUAAAAAAAAAGAAUGUGAAUAUUCUGUAAGAUAGCACCGUGGACAGUCUACCUGGGUAAAAUAAUUUGCCGUUUUCCAAAUUGGUAGUGAGAUGGUCUAGAGAGACUGUUUUAAUGAGGACCUUAGCAUUCGAGGAGGGACAGGUCUGGGAGGAGUGUUUAAACACGGAGACCCAGCACAGCACAGUCACACCAGGCCGGUGACUGUCCCACUCCCAUUUAGGCUGUGCUCCAACGUCAAAUAACUUAGAUUAGCACAUAAAAAUAGAGUUCAUUCUCACUUGUGAUGUGGUAAAACCUGCUCUUCCCGAACCAGAAUAUUACCUUGAUGGGUUUGUAAUGUGAAUUGAGAUUGUGAAAGUUCUCAAACUCUCCGGCUUUUAGCGUGAAAGGAGAAGGUGGUGGUUUCAGGGGAAAGGCUGUUUAUUUUAUGAAAAUGCUAGAAUCACAGGACGUUGAAGCAAGGGAAGAACAUGUGCUUUAAAACUGAAAGACUGCUUACCCUUCAGCCUUCACUUUUAAGGAGUGGGCAGUUUAAAUCUGGACCACUUUCUCCUUGGAACUUUCUCCUUGGUCUCUUCUGUGUUCCGCUAUUUGGUCCCUCCCUUUCUGUGUCCUUAGCUGACUCCUCAUUUCCUCCUCUCCUCUCAAGUGUUGGCGUCCCCAAGGCACCCUUGGUUCAUUUCUGUCUUUACCCACUGUGCUGAGUGAUCUUGUAUUCCUUUUUUUUUUUUUGCUGCCAUAUCAAGUUACCACAAAUUUGGCUUAAAGUAGCACAAGUUUAUCUUCUAGUUCUGUAGGUCAGAACUCUGACGUGGAUUCUCUGGAGGACAAUCUGUUUCCUUACCUUUUCUGUCUUCUAGAGGCUUCCCACAUUCCCUGGCUUGUGUCCCCUUCUUCCAUCUUCAAGGCCAGCAACUACGUCUCUGACCCUUCUCCUGUGGUCACAUCUCUCUCUGACCACAGUCAGGAAAGGUUCUCUGCUUUAAGGCAGAGUACUCUCCCCAUCUCAAGAUCUUUAGCCUUAACUACAUCUGCCAGGUCCCUUUUGCUAUUAAGGCAACAUAUUUACAGGUGCCGGGGAUUAGGGUGUGGAUGUCUUUGGAGGGCUGUUAACUCACCCUUGCGGAGAUCUCAAACACCAUCAUAGCUCCUACUGUUAUCAUGGGGUGAGUACUUCUCAAGAACUUGGAAAUGUGGAAAAAUGUGAAUCAUUUGCAAUAGCAAAGGGAAUAGUGCAAAGAACUGUAUCCCCAUUACGCAGACCCAGUCAGCCUCAGAUCACCAGAAACAAGCCUGUAGUUUGACAAAACCAGAUUUUUUAAUUCAUUGUGAUGAAAGGGACCUCACCAGAGUAACUAUGGGUGUCUUACCAAACGGGAAAAGAGAGAAUUAAAGGAUCUGGGGGAAGGAUAGAGUUUAAGUAAAAAUGUAAAUGAAGCAGUGCUUUGAUAGGCUCAGAGAAAAGCAGAUCUCCGUAUACGGGAGUCAACGCCUGGUCUGAACUGCACUGCAGGCCCAGGUUCAUUUCCUUCAAAAGUACAAAGUGAAUGUUGUGUUCAGAAGCCCCUUAUCUGAAGCUCCGAACCUGAAUUACAAAUCAAGACCGUUUCUCUGUGUCAAAGUGACUUAGAUCCUCCCAGCAACAGGAGGGUGUUUCAUUUUUACUGAUAAAAUUUCAAACGGCAAACUUUCUGACGGUCCAUCAUUUCAGAGAACAAGGUGAGCUCAGUGACUCAGAAAGCAGUAGCCAUGCAAAGAAGGGGGUGGUUGUGACACUAGCAGCAGCGUGCCCUUGGGAGGAGUAGCGUUUCACGGCAGCUUUGUAGCUGGCCUUACCUGUGCCGUCUUCCCCGCCUGAGAUGGUAGCACGCCUUUUGUUUUCUUAGUCUGAGCUAAUUUUUACUUUCUCACCCACCUCAGUUAUUUAUUCAGGGCCAGUUUUGUGUCAGCUGUAGCCAACCCACCACUCAGAUUGUUUUGAAGCAAACCCCAGACUGGAGGGUGACGUUUGAAGCUAGAUCCGUGUGGACUUCUGGGUGUCAUUACCUGGAUCUCCCUUCUGCUCAGUGUGUGCAAAACAGAGUUCUCACCCCACCCUGCCCCUUCCCCCUCCCCGGGGACAACAAAGCCUGUUUCUUCACGAGGUUGACCACAUUAGAAGCCUUGGAGUCAUCCUUGCCCUCCAGCUCUCUUCCAACCCCUUUCUCACCAAAUUCUGAAAUCUCUCAAUCUCUGAAAUCUCUCAAGUCUUCCUGCACCUCAUUGUCUGCUCUCUAGUUGAAGGUGUAGUGGGCAUUGCAGUUGACUCCCCCAAAUGCAUUCACCCCGCCUCCUUUUUCCUAGCGGUCACAUGGCUCCCUUCCUCGCAUGGCCAUGUCGGGAGUGGCUACGAUGCUCACUCCUUACCCUGCCCGCCCAUUGCUACUACCAGCGACCAUCUGUUCCCCAGGCCACCUCACCUUAUUCCCGGUCCUUAUCUGCAGUUUCACUUCCCACAGCUCGGUUACCAGCAGUCAGCCAUUGUUCUGGAAGCAGAUGACCCUCCUUCUGACGUCUUGAGGGAAAGUCCGUAGUAGCCUAUUGCUGUGUCAUAAUGCCUGUCAUUCACCUCACUUCGUCUCAUCACGUGGGCAUUCUGUCAUCUCACAGCAUCACAAGAAGAAGCGUAGAGUACCGCACAAUAAGAUACUUUGAGAGAGGAGGGGCAUUCACAAAACUCCUGUUACAGUAUGUUGUUAUAAUUGUUCUAAUUUGUUAAUUAUUAUUGUCGAUGUCUUACUGUGCUACUUUAUAAAUCGAGCUUUAUCACAGGGCUUUGGCGAAACCUCCAGGCCCAGGAGGUCGGAAUCCAAGGCAAUGUGAUCCACGUCUGUGAGAAAGGCAACCGCAGGGAGAGGGCAAGGAGGCACAUGGCAGCAUUGUAACUACUGCACUUCCCCAACCCCUCAUGACUUGCUUUGGCCCGUGAAAUGAGAGCAGAAGUGACUUGUAUUACUUCCGGAUGAACACUUGGAGAAUUAGUGCUUGAUUUGCCCCAUCCUCGCUUCCUGCCUUCAGGGUCGAGGAGGCAGCAUGUCCAGUUCCAGCUGCCUGCGUCCCUGGGUGGCUGUGGGAAACAGAGCUCCUCUUGACCCACAAUGGACACAUUUCAUGAUCGAGGAAUAAACUUUUAUGUCAAA